UGACGCAAUGACGCUUCAAUCUGCGACUUGUGUGUGUAAACUUUAGUUUUCCGUUGUAUAGGUACAUAAUGCUGCCUACAUAAAAAGUAAAUUUCUGCAAUUUGACUACUGGUUAUACACUCGCAUUCGUUGUGUAUAAAAGUUGAUCACAUUAGUUAUAUUUAAAUAUUUCUUUUUUUUCGACGUCGCUUUUGGUCUGUGUUUUUGGUUUUUAACUUAUUAUAAAAGGUAUUCGAUACCUAUCUAUAAUAUUACAUUAUACUAUUCAGAGUGAGUAUUGAAAUUUUAUAUUACUUAUGCUAAUAUGUACUUGUUUUAUUAAAAUAAUGGUUUCCUUUACAGGCUAUUGAAAGAACACGCCCUAUUCCGCAAUGACUUCGAUUUUGGAGUUUUUAAGUAGUAGAAACGUACCUGACGCUGAACAAAUAUGCCAAAAAAUGGAAUUCACUAAAGUAUAUACCUACAACUUAUAAGUUAACAUUUAUGUAUGUCUGUAUCAUGUAGAGGAGUUAUCGUGGAGGUGGCAGAAGGGAAUUGCUAGUGGGAAGGUGGUAGAAGGGAGGUGGAAGAAGGGAGGUGGAAGAAGGGAGGUGGAAAAAGGGAGGUGGAAGAAGGGAGGUGGAAGAAGGGAGGUGUUAGAAGGGUGGUGAUGGGAGUUGCAGUGACUACGGCCGGGGUGGUGGUGGUAAACUCGUAUUGACAAAUAAAGCUGAUGCUGCUUAUGAGUGUACCACUGUAGGUGGAAAUUUUGCGAUGUAGAGUACAAAGUUAUUUAAUUUAUAUCAGUAUACAACGAUAAAUCAUUGCUAACCAAAUACGACUCUGAGCGAAAUUAGGUUAUACAUAUUUUGAAAUGCCAUUAUUUUACGAUUUUUGUCAACAUAUUAAUUAAAAGUUUAUAAAAACAAAAAAAAAAGGACGGACAUAUUUCGCACGCGGGUGAGCCUCUGUUGUAGGUGGGAACAGUAGCGCACGCAAGAUUUUUUUUCAGAGGGGGUUUUGUUUAUAGUAAUUUCCCAGAGAGCUAGGAGAUUAUAACACAUAUUAUAAUAGUACUUACAGUACUAUCACUAUUAUUACUGAAUAAAUGAUUUUUGAUGAAAUUAAAUUCUAUUUUAUUUUCUGGUAUAAGAUAUUAUGUUGUUGAGUUUAAAACUAGAUUUAAAAAAAUUUAACGAAGGAAGACAUUUUCAGAGGGGAUUUUUACCCCCCAACUAUCCCAUAUGCGCCAUUGGAUGGGAAGUUGGGAAGGUAGGCUACAGAUGACAAUUUAAUGUAUACCUGCAAGCAAUGAUAAACCUUUGCUAACGAAAAAAUGAUUCUGAGUCGAGUUCAGUUGAUAAUGUUGCUUUAUCAACAAUACAAUAUAUGGUAUUAUGUCAAAUUAUAGUACAAUGAUUAAAACAAUUUACGUUUCCAUGACAUCAAUGAUUGUUUGAAAAAAAUUAAAAUAAUAAUAAUAAAUAAUAAACAAAUAAUUAAAAUAAUAAAAAUGUUUACUAAUGACAACCUUAUAUUUAAUCUUUCAAUCUUCUUUAACCUAAAUACCGAAUGUUUCCUCAUUAUCUCGAAUAUUAAUGAGAAUUUCAAAAAAUAACCUCUCUAAAGUACCACCUAGAGAAAAUUUUUUUUCAGAAAAGGUGCUAUACUUGAUAACUGGAGUAGAAAAAGUGUUCACAUAAAAAAAAUUAACAGCAUUGUAAAAUCAAUACAUUCCUCUUUCCACUUAUAAUCUAAAACCUACUACAUUAAGCAAAAUUUUUUUUAACCACUGAAUACAAUUAUGAGUAACCUUUCUCUUAAAUUAUUGUUGUAGCUGUAGUUCCUUAUUAAACGUUUUACGAUUCAUGAAAUGACUUCACUAAUUUAUCAAUGUUAUAGUUAAUCCUUUAUUAAACGUUUUACAAUUAAUUAACAAACUUUGUUAAUUUACACAUUUAAGAAUGUUGUGUAUAAUACCGUGGAUAUAUACAACAUUGUUCUUUAUUAUUUUUAAACAUUGUUCUUGUUUUAUAAAUUAGCUGUGGAUAUUAUUCAUUAAAUUGAUAAUUCUUACUAAACUACUAUUCUAGGUUAUACAGCAAUGCUACCCAAUAUACAAAAAUAAUACACGAAAUAUCCAAAAUAUGCGAGGUACUUAAAACUCUCAACCUUACCUAUAAUCGCUUAUUUUCGUAAGCUGUCUUGUCAUUUUCCUACUAACUCAUACUCUAUUUUACUUCUCCUUAUUCUUAGUUCCUUUCCUUCAUGUACUACUCUCCAUUCCUCAAGCUUAUUGUUCACUUCUUCCAGAUUUUCUCUGAAAAGAAAAACAAUUCUGAUCAAAGUUCAGCUUGUUUUGAAAUGCUGUAACUUUUAUGAUUGUCGAAAAAAUCAGAAAUUUCUAAACAUAUAAAAUACUUUCAACUACUUUCAACCACUUUACAUUCAACUUUGUUAUAACCAUUAAAUACGAUUUAUGAUGAAGCUUAAGUCAAAUUUUCAAUUAUUUUUGCUUAACCAAAACAAUUUUAAAUAAAAAAAAACAUAAUAAAAUUAAAAAUACACACUCAAAAAUGUUUUGACUACAGCUGUUAUUUUAAUGUUUUAACCGAAUUACAAAAAAAAAAUGGAAACAACAAAACCGUUAUUUAUGUUAUUUUACUAUUUUUCCCAAUUAUUAAAAAACCAUGACUAAACCAAUGUAUGGCUUAUAAUCUAAGAAAUAAUUUGAAAUUCGGUACGUUGACAAAAAAGAUUAUUUAGUGCAAUGGUUUUUAACCGGUGGGUCAUGACCCAUUUUUGGGUCACGUAAGUUUAAAAAUUGGGUCGCGAAAAGUUUUCUUUUUAAAAUAAAAAUUAGGUUUAUAUAAUUAUAUAAGGUAUACAAAUAUAUUUUUAAUUAUCAAACUUAGAAAAUUAAUAAAUGAAAAUACAGUUUAAAAAUUAUUGUAAUAUAUUAUGUACAAACAACAUUAUAUAAUUUAUAUUUAAAAAUAUAAUAGUACAUUGGAUUUCAAAUCGCAGUAUAUGUUUCAUAUACUGGUAUGAUUGUACGUAGUAUGACAUUAAAUAUAAUAAUUUACGAGUAUACCGGGUUAGUAAUAAAAUAAAUAUAUUAUAUUAUUAUCGUUAGUCCCAUAAUCUACGAACAUUAUUGAUAUUGUCGCUAUGUUUAAAAACGAAUAAAUGUUUGUUGCGUUAUUAUUCUAGUCAUAUUUACGUAUCCGUUAAUAAGUUUUUUUAUUUUUAUUUAUUCAAUUAUAACAGUACUCCUACAAAGUAUUAAGUAAUUUUAGAUUUUUUUUUUUUUGUUUUUCUACAAACGUUUUUCUUUAUAUAUGCCUUAUGUAGGUCACGAAUAAUGUACGCCUAAAAAAGUGGGUCGUGAGUCCAAAAAGGUUGAAGACCACUGGUUUAGUAGGUACUAUUUCGUAUGUGUUAAUUCCCAGACAUUCAGUAUAGGUUAGAUAAAUACCAAACAAAAUUGAUAUAAGCAUUGAUUUUAUUUAUUAGUUAUCUAAAUCAAUGGUAUAAAUCUACUUUAUCUUUUUAUAGAAUUGAUGAUUUUCAUUUAGGUAUAUAUUUUAGGUAAUACAUGUUAGGAUUGCUUGACAUUCAAGGGUGGAUUUAACAGUUAGAAAUGGGUCUCCUGGUAAAACAUAAAAAAGAAAUUGCAUAUUACAAUUCUUUUUUAAUAUACCUAUUUCAUUAUUUUUUUCCCUUAUAUACCUAUGUAUUAACCUUAAUUAUAUCAUAAUUGAUAUUAUCCUGUCAUAUGAUAAGAUUUAAUUAUUUAGAUUACUUAUUUUAUGGAUAUAUGGUAUUAUGUACUUACCUACCUUCAACAAUUAUUUUUCUCAACUGACUAAUAUUAUUUCUUUACUUAAAAACAGGAUUACCUCUAAGGUCCUACGCCUAUAUGAGUGUAAAAUAAUAAUUUUAAAUAAAUAAAGACUUUAUUAAAUUAUUUUGAAAACUAAUUACUAUAAUUCAAAUUUUGUACUUUAAAAGUUUAUAAAAACAUAAAUUACCCAUUCAUAUUGGCUUAUUGGUAUAGCUGUUGAGGAAAAAUGGCAGCUAAAAAAAUUACAAUUGUAUUGAAAUUUAAUGGCAUAUAUUAUUUUUUAAAUUUUGGAGCAACGUUAAAAUAUAUUUUAGGCCACUUUGGAACAACAUUAAAAUUAUCUUAGUUUGAAGUAUACAAUCAUUAUUGGUGCAAUGUUUAGUAAAUGUUUUAACUUCUUUGAACCUUGUUAUAUAAAACUGAAAAAAACUUAUUUAUUUUUUCCAAAAUAAUUUUAUUAAGCAACUUAAUAUUAGUAUAAACUAUAAGCAAUUUCUUUAUAAUACCUUUUAAUAUUUUUAGCAAAAGAGAAAAUACAGUCGUGUUAUUUUAUGGUAGGUACUUAUUUAACAAUUUAUACCAAGUUUAACAUUUUUAACAGUAUUAUAUUCAUUCGGUAUACUCAACUAGAUAGGAAAGCCAAACUCAUUCAUAACUUGUAUGUUAAGACAAAAUUACUCUCUUCACUUCUACUGCAAAAAAAUCCUAUAGGAUAUGUAUGAUUUUAAAUUUGUUAAUAUUUGAAUUUUAAAGGCUUUCUCUGCUUCUUCUUAAGUCAUAAAUUUAUUAUUCAUAGUAAUAAGUCUUGAACCCAGAGUUCGUUUGUGCUUGUCUAAUAUAGUUACUAAAAUAAAAUAAUUUUAAUUGUGAGGAAAAAAUAAUUUUGAUCAAAGGAACAUGCAAUUUUCUGGCUUUUAAUUUUUUUUUUUAACACGCAAAUUCAAAAAAAAAAAUAUGUAAAAGAUAAUACGUUAUAAAUCUUAUUUAAUACCCCCUCAAAAUUUCAGAUUUUUUUUUCGGAAACUCGUAUUUCAACGUUUGAAAAAUUAUAGUUUUUUGCGGAAAUUAUUAGUGUUAAAAUUAUUGCCUUACAAAGUUCAUAAUUUUCAUCGUUUUAUGCAUUUUCGUAGGGAGCAACUAUACUUGUCAAAUUAUAGGUUAGAUCACCUGUUAAGUUACCUGUUACCUACCCGAAGUGGUUUUGCACAACAAAUCGAGGGUUAUUUUCGAUUAAAUUUGAUAGAGUGAGUGACCACAUUAUACCUAUAAUGCUAUUUCACUUUUCCCUGUUACCUACCUGACGUUUUGCAAUUUCGAAAAUACGAUAUAAGUAUAUAUUUUUUUGCAUUCCAAAAAAAAUCCGAAAUUUCGAGGUAGUCGUAAAAUAGACCUUGAUUUUUGAUAAUUUAUUUUUACAUGAUCCUUUUUAAAGCAUUGAUUUGGUUAGAUUUCAAAAACAAAAAUUGUAAACUUCAUAAGGCACUCACUUUAAAACAAAUGAUUUCCGCAAAAAAUAGUUGGCAUCAUAAUUUUUAAAACAUUGAAAUAAUGUUUUCGAAAAAAAUUCCGAAAUUUCAAGGAAGUGCCAAGUAGAUUUGUUUUGACAAUACAAAAUAGGUAUUGUUGAAGUCUAGAAGCUUAAUUACAAAUAAGAACACUUUAUAACAGUUUAUUUGACUUAAAUUCAUGAUAUUUUGGUAGUUGGGCACACCUUUUAGUGUCUGUUAAAAAUUUUGUUUUAAUAACAACUUUUAUCACGAUAGAUAUUUUGGAAGCAAGCUUAUAUGUAGAUUCCUGUAGAAACCAUGAUUAAAAAUAAUUAUAAUAUAAUAUGUGUUAGAACCGCUUCUAAUGAUAUAUAAUAAAUAAUAAUCACGAUUAAUGAUAUAAUAUAUCGUGAUAAUAAUCAUGAAGUCUUCAUGGUAACCACAGCUUUAACUAUCUAAAUCUAAAGCCGUAAUGGUAACAAUAAUAAGAAAACAAAGUAAAAAUUGCAAUCUCUUAUCAGAAAACGGUCAAACUCAAUGAUUGAUAAUAACAUUUAUUUCUAGAGCCAAGUAUAAUUGUGUUAAAAAAAAAAAAAAAAAAUCAUAAUAAAUAAAAUAAUAUCUGGUUUUCAAAUUCAACGGUCAACAGUUUUAAUAAAAACUAAUAUUCGUAGCACGAUCUUAAUCUUAGAAUCUAAGACCGUGAUUCGGUCAUACCUAAUCCUUUAAUUUGUCGAUUAGGAUAUUAUUAUUAUAAUAUCUGUUAGAUUAGAAUAUUUGUAAAAAAAAAUUCAACAAUUAUUAUAAUAGUAUAAUAAUUUGAUUAUAAAGAUGAACAAUUUUACUUGAAUUAAAAAAACAAAAAGAAAUAUUUUCCUUAUUAAUAAAAUAAUCAAACUAUUUAUAAUUCAAUAAUAAUAAAGUAACUUUAUUAAAUUAAAUUAAUAAUAAUACCUAUGUAUUAUAAAAAUGCAGUUCUUGGAUUAACUUCAGUUUUUAUCACAGGUUGAUAUAAAUGUAUUGUCUGCAUUAACCGAAGAUGAUUUUCUAUUAAAUGAAUGGUUACCUAAACAUGAAGAUCGAAUGGCCAUAAUUAAUUGGGCCAAGCAAAUCCAAUCAAGUGAAAUUAAUUUGUUCGAUGAGUUACCCAAUGUUCUCAAUGACGAAGAAGAAGAGGAUGGUCCUGUAGAAUCCCUUUUGGAAGAGUAAUUUGUCUUAUUAUUAUUCUAGGCAUUGUAUAUUUGUACCCUAAAACUUAAUUUACUGUAACUUGUACAAUGUAUUAUUUACAUAUUAAUUAACAAUGUAUUUUUCAAUGAUUCAUGAUAUAAUAUUUUUAUUAAUUAUUAAUGUAGGAUUCUUGAAAAUAUUGAAGUACAAUCGAUUCGGAUACAAAUGGGCUGGAUUCAUUUUGAUCAAAGAAAUGGAUAUGAACGGGUUUGUUUGAUUAAUUAUUGAAUUAUUUUUACUUGCUAAUCUUCUCUUGUGUUAAUCACCAUAAUUCCAUUUAAUAAUUUCAUAAACAUUAAACAUAUUUCUACUGCACAAACUAUGUUUGUAUGAUUAUUGAUUGUGUAUAUAUUUCUUUAAAGUCUUAUAAUUUAAAUUUGGUAUUGAUACUUUUUUUUUGGCUGUAGGUUACCAAAACAUUUGGUGGUGGUAUUAGGGAAGUUGAGUGUCCGUCAACAUCUAAGGUUGAUGAUUUACUUAAUUUAUCUAAAGUACUAUUCUUCAGUAGAGAAAACAUGUCAAUUUAUGGGUGUUGGGAAGAAUUUGACACUACAAUUGUUGACUAUGAAGAAAUCUUCAUUGGAAAUAGUACAAUAGUUGAAGAUUUGUUUGACGCUGGUGGAAGAAAUGGUAUUUAUAUAAUUGUCUAGUCAAUAUCAGUAAUUCGUUGUGUAUUUAAAAGUAGUUCAGAUAGUUAAUAAUUUAUUAUAAUAAUGUAUGCUGUUGCAUACAUAAUAUGUAAUACAUUUAUUUAGGAAUACCAAGAUGUUACUUAGUGACCAGAGAAAAAGCAUUGGAGACAGUUGAUCCAGAAGCUUUUGCUGCUUCACAACGUUUCUUUCAUCCUUUGGCCUUUAUACGUACUACUAACACAUUAAAUGAUGUGGAAUACAGUAAUUUAUAUAUUAUUUGUCUACAGGUCUUAUGUUUAUAUUUAAAUAUGUUUCAUCAAUUAGAUUCUGGCACUGAUACUGACACUGAUUUGCAAUGUGCAUCAUCAUCAACUAGUCAUGUGUCUGUUUUGGAAACAGCUAUACCAUCUACAGUUACAUCAGAAGACCCUGAAAGUAAAUUUUAUUUGUAUUUUUGGAUAAUAACAGAAAGUGGAAUAGAUAAUUAUUUGUGUUUUGAUUUAUUAGAAAUUUACUUUAUUUUUCUAUUUAAAACUGUUUAUUAGAUAAUUUUUUCUCCUUGGUUUUAAUAUUAAUAUUUAAUCAUUUAAGUAAUAUGUGCAAUAUUAUAUUAACAACUAAAAAAAAAAAUUUUCUUUGGAAACUAAAUAAUACUUAUUUUAAAUAUUGAUAUGUGUACUAAUAACAUUAAGUAACAAAAUGGUUUUUCAAAAGUAAUUUAAUUAAUUAAUUUAACAUUUGAUACAUUUUUAAUAUCUACUUAUCUGCUUUAUAAAGGUCUUUUUUUAUAUUUUAGUAUAGUUUACAGCAUUCAUACUCAUAUUGUAUAAUACAAAUCAAUUCCUAAUUGGUUAAGUUGUUAAAAAUAAUAAAAAUAAACUGUUAUAUUUAACUCUUUAAACUCUUUAAAUUGUUUUUCAUGAAAUUCAAUAUAUAACAAUGUUUUUUUUUGUAGGUGAAUUUUACUAUUAUGGUGAUUUACCGGAUGAUGAAGAUGAAUCACAGGUGUAUUCCAGACGCCCUUUAAAUGUUAAAAGGAAUAAGUUCACUUUUUAUCGUGGGAAUGUAUUUGAAGAAAUGCUCCAAUCAUUCAGAUACGCAGGCAAAUAUACAUGUGAAACUGUAUAUAUAGAACUCUUACAUCCUAAUGGUUAUCCUGAACAAGGCGUUGAUACAGGUGGUGUGCUUCGAGACACACUUUCAGAAUUUUGGACGACAAUGUAUGAAACAUGUACAAUUGGUACUGACAUGAAAAUCCCAUGUUUAAGUCAUACUUUUACAGAAGAAAAAUGGAGAAUCGUGGCUAAAAUAUUAUAUAUGGGCUGGAUAAAUUCUAAGUAUUUGCCAAUUAAACUGGCAAUGCCUAUCCUUGAACAAAUCUUGUUUGGUCAGGUAACAUCAGAAUUGGUGCCUCCAUUUUUACAAACAUUGAGUAUAAAUGAUAGACAUAUUUUAUCAUGUGCACUGAUGGAUUUUACUUCUGUUGAAAAAGAGGACUUAAUUACAGUUUUGGGCAAUCUUGAAUGCCAUGUAAUUCCCAAUGCAAACAAUCUGAAAGUAGUUCUCCAAGAAAUCGCACACAUGGCAUUGAUACAAAAGCCAUAUUUUAUUAUUAAACAAUUUCAAACUGAAUUGAAUAACCUUGGCAAAAAUUUGUCUGGCAUUUUAACAAAAGAAAAGUUGUAUGAACUAUAUAAAUCAAUGGAGCCAACUACUAAAAACAUUAUGAGCAUGUUGAUUUGCGAAUACUCUGAUUGCACAAAAUAUGAAAUAAUGACUUAUGGAUUUCUCAAAAGGUAACUUUUUAUUUUUUUAACAAAUAUUUUCAAUAUUUAUUUAAUUAUUUGUUUUACAACAGUACAGGCUGAAACCCAAAAAGCAUUAAGUGAUUUAUACAAAUAUGAAAUAUAAAAAAAAAAAUUCUUAUAAAUAUUUAGUUAGAAUAAUAAUAAUAGUAAUAAAAAUAUUAAAUAAACAAUAAAAACCCCAGCUGAAAAAUAGUUAUUAAAAUUCUUAUCUGUGAAAAUCUGGCUAAUCUUUGCAAUAACGGUUCCAUUGAUUUUAAUUUUGUUUUUUUGUUGUACCUAUUUUGGUUUUAAAAACAAAGUAGAAAUAUGAAAUUUUUACAGAAUACUUAUUUUAGGCUUUCUAGACACUGUUAAAUUUUUUUAAGAAUUGAAAUUUUUGAGUAUUUUCUUUAUUAUUUGGUUUUAUUUGGAUAAAAUUAUUUUGACUAAGCAGAAAUACUUGAAAAUUGAACAUGGGUUCAUAUUAAGUUGUAGUUUGGGGUCAAAAAUAAAAAAGUUAAGUGAAAUUCAGUAAUAUUUAAAUUUAAAUAGAAAUAAUAAAAAUCACUAUAUUUUUCAUACAAUUUUUCGAUUUAAGUAAAAUAAAAUAAAAAGUAAAAUAGAUGUACUGGGGGGGGGGCAUACAUUGAGAGUAAGAUAGUUGAUAGUCUUAUAAAACUUAAUCAAGUUCAAAUUUUAACAAAAAACAGAGCAUUAACCUCAAAAACUUUGCUCAGAAUAAUUUUUAUAAAUUAUACUCUAUAUAUCUUUUCAACUUCUUGCCUACAACAAUUGUACACCUUUUAUCAGUAACAGCUACUUUUUUACUUAUCUAAUAUUAUUUUAUACUACAUAAUUUUUUUUAUCUCUUUCUAGGUUUAUCUUAACAACUACUGAUGACUUGCGGAUUAAAUUUUUAAGAUUUUGUACAGGCGCUGACUUGAUUACUGGAAACCAUAUUAUUGUUAGAUUUUCAGAACCUAAGUGGUAUAAUCAUUAUGCUCCUAUAGCUCAUACAUGUUCUUGUAUUUUACAACUUCCAUUAAAAUACUUGGAUUAUGAACAUUUUGAAAUGGAAAUUGAUUGCAUUUUAUCAUCAAAUUUUUGGGCUAUGGACACUUAUUGAAAAGUUUGUAAUUUAUUUCAAAUUUCUGUUCAACAGUAUUAAUAUUUUUCUUAUUAUUAUUAAUAAAAUAUCUAAGUAUAUCCUAAUAUAAUUUUUUUUUUAUUUUACUCAAUAUAAUAUUAAGUGUUUUAAUUUUAAGUUCUAUUUAGAAGUUUGCAGUUCGUUUUAAUUGAACAUUUGUCCAACAUUUUAUUCCCAAUAAUUAAAUUAAAAUUUAGAACAGGGGUUUUUAACCUAUAAUUUUCAAAAAAAAAUGUUGUGGGCCACAUUCCUAAUUAUACAUUUAUUUUAUACAAAAAUGCAAUUUGUAUUAUUAUAAGAUAUAAUAUUAAAUUUAAAAUUAUAAAUAAAUUAUUUUUUAGUGAAAUAUUUUACACUUUUUUCUUAACCAAUUUGUAUAUGUUUUUUGUUGUAUUCAAGAUUAUGUAAUUAAUCCUCAGUAAGUAUUCUAGGUGAGCAUCAGUAAACCAAAUUUUGGGUUUUAUUUAAAGUUUGUGAAAAAUAUGCUAAUAAAUUUAAUUUAUUUUAUCCCAUAGGUCCUAUGGGAUAAGACUUAAAUUAAGCAUUUCAAUUCUUUUUGAUAAUAAUAAUGUCUUGAACUCUUCUAACUUGAUAAAGACAGAAAAAAAUCAUGCAGUGUUUAAAAUUUUUUCGGGUGGAGAGGAGGAUCAAAUAAUGUUUAGACAGGGUCAGGUUGUAUACCCCUGAUUUAGAGACUUCUUAAUUUCAUUAUAAACUAUAAUUGCCUAUUAUUAAUUCACAAUUAUUGUUAUAAAUAUUUCAGUAAUAAUCUGCACAUUUUCCACCACAUCAAAAAAAUAUAAAAAGUUUGUAUUUUUGGAAUUAUAUUUGAUAUCAAUUUUAAAUGGAACCUGAGUAUUAAUAAUUUAGUUGGGAAACUAAUAUGUUUCAUACAUUUACACAUGAUAAACUAAGAUAUUUGUAAUCAGUCCAAGCUACAUAAUGUAUAAUUGGCUAUUUUGUGUUUUAUCAAUUUAUUUUUCAGUAUGGUCUCCUGGUCUGGGGUAAUGUAAAAGAUAAUUUUUUAAAGCUCUUCGGAUAAAUAGGUAAUUAAGAAACUAAUUUUUAACUAAAAAAAAUUUUUUGAAGGAUCAACAAAACACAAAUAUACAUUUUGGGUGCUCUGAUAACAAGUUAUACAAACAAAAUGUAAUAUAAUUAAAAAUAUAAAAAUAUAUUAAAAUUAAAAUUAAUCAAAACGUUUUACUCACUUAAGAGAAUUUAAACCUUAUUAUAUAACUGUAAGAUAUAUGAAAUCUAUUAGAACAACUAUUUAAUUAUUUAGAUUUAAACUAUUUUAAUCAAAUACCAACUAAGUGAAUGAGAAAAAUUAGUUAUAAGUAUUUUCAAAAUUGUUAAUACAUAUCUUAAAAAAAAGUUUACAUUUGGUGUUGUCAUUUUAUAAUGUUUAUAAAAUUAUUAAUUAACUAGUAGAUGUAAGAAGUAAAUUUAUUUCUAUUUGUUUCUGUACUUUAUACUAUCAAUUUAAUUCUAUUAUACUUAAUAUUAAAAUAUAUACAUUCAAUCUUUGUUUCCAAAAUACUUUUCAUAUUAUAUAACUCAAAAGAUAAUUUUUUUCUCCAAUUCAAGUUUAGGUUUAGAGGAGUG